AUGGCUUACAACAACAACAACCAAUACGCGGGCUACGGCGGAAACCCUUACGGCGAUGGAGACAACCCGUACGGCAACGAGGGAUACGGCCAGGCGAAUCCCUACGGCNGAUGUAAUCAACCCCUCCAACCUCCGGCGCCCACUCGUCACGGCGAGUCCAAUUACUCGGCCAUGACUCAGGACUCGCAGUAUAGCACACCGCAAGCUGCUGGCGUAUCUGGUCAGCAACCCGGCGGUGUCGUAGCCACUGGAACCCAACCCGUCAUGCAUCAGGCAGCCCCCACUGUCCUCAGUAACCAGGACUUCCUGGCGCGCGUCGAGGCUGCAAAGGCCGACAUUCGUCAAUUGACCCAAUACAUUUCCGAAAUUGCCGCCGCGCACCAGCGCACUCUCAACAGCCCCGAUGCUUCCUCCAACCAGGCUCUCGAGUCCAUUGUCACCCAGACACAGGUUCUCAACACUUCCAUCAAGGACCAGAUCAAGUUCCUCGAAACGGAUGCUGCCAGAAGUGGACGCAACAACAACAUCAAGAACAGCCAGGUUGGCCAGCUUAAGACGAGCUUCAAGAAGCAGCUCGAGGAGUACCGCAACGAGGAGGCCAGCUACGAGCGCCGCUACCGUGAGCAAAUCGCCCGUCAAUAUCGCAUUGUCAACCCUGAGGCCACCGAUGCCGAAGUCCAAGAGGCCUCCAACGCUGACUGGGGCAACGAGGGUGUUUUCCAGACUGCUGUAUGUUCAUCUCUUGCUUAUCCUGUAAUCAUGCAUGCUAAUCCCAUCUCCAGCNUCAAGACCAACCGCUCGGCCACCGCCAGCACCGUUCUCGGCGCUGUGCGUGCUCGUCACAACGACAUUCAACAGAUUGAGCGUACUCUGAUCGAGCUCAACAAGCUCUUCGAGGAUCUUGCCGAAGCCGUCGUCAUCCAGGAACCCAUGAUCCAACAAGCUGAGCAGCACACCGAGAACGUUAAAAAGGACACUGAGGCCGGUAACGUGCAGCUCGACAAGGGUAUCACACAUGCUCGUCGCGCUCGCCGCCUGAAAUGGUGGUGCUUGCUCAUUGUUGUUAUUAUUUGUAUUAUUGUCGCUCUGGCUGUUGGUCUUACUAUCGGUCUGCGCCCAAAAACAACAACAACGCUGCCUAAGCUAGGAUCUUCCAUGAUUGCUUUCGAUGCACUUGCUUGGAUGCCACUGGUUUCUUUGAUCUCGCAAAAUGACGUCUCUGAUUUCCUCAUGAACGCCAGCACAUCGGCAAACAUACCUGGACGGAAGGAACGCAUGCUUGCGCAGCACGCUUUCAGGAGGUGA